AUGACUUGGUUACGUCCCAAUGUCUUUUCUUACAGAGCUUUACUGUUUAUACUUCUUGCUCAAUACGCUCUCGGCUCAAUUGACUCUGUUUUUAACGUUAAACAAGGCGGUGUUGGAGUCGGUGGAUGUAGCUCUUACAAGGGCAAACUCAACCGAUGGUGGACAGAUGCCAGAAAGCUCGUCGACGCUGCCCUCUUGUAUGCGGAAGAUGACAGCGUUGAUGGACCUGAAUACCUGUACACCUUUUUUGCAUUAGACCCGCCUCCCGCCGAUGACGAGUAUAGAACAACAAUACGCAUUAGGUUACGGCUAGUUAAGAGGUUUAUCGAUGGCGAAUUAGAACUCUCAACCGGCAAGCCUUGGUUAUUCUGCUCGAGUAAGUGGUUGGAGCGUAUGGACUGGGAUGACGUAGCCUAUGAUAAGGAGACAGGCGAAAAGUUCACAGGCGAUGACGCCAAGAAGGUGCGAGACGUAGUUGAUGAACCAACUCCGCCUCCAGAUGAAGCAGACCAGCCAAAAGAUUUCCCAUUUUGGUCCUCGGAUAUCAGAGAAUACCUGAUAGAUGAGGCCGAUGACUAUUGCUCGAAGAAGGUCGACGGAGCCAUCCAGAACUUUGGGGCUACUCAUGAGGGUCGCGGGCAGACGUGGAAAACAGUCACCAUCUGUGUCAACAACUUGGGGUGGAAUGCUAAAAAUGACUAUCUGCGCCUUGGAGCAAUCCAGAAGGAAGGCAAAAGUAUUGUGGAAUACAGAGCACAGUCCAUGACAUUAUUCCACGAACUCUUCCAUGUUGUCCUAGGGAAUGAAAAAACCGAGGAGCAUGAAAUGAGCUAUGAUCUGAAGUAUAUUGCGAACCCUAGGAAGAAAGAAGGCGAGGACCCUGCCGACGAAGAUCAAGACAUCAUCUCUACGCAGGAGGCCUUGUACAACCCCGAAUCCUACACAAUAUAUGCUCUUGCUUGCCUUCUUGGACAGAGGAAUGAGCGUUUCACGUUCGCUAGUACAAGGUCGGAGCUCAAGAAGACGGAAGAUCCAAAGGGCAAGGAUGAGAGCAAUGGAGGAUCAGGCGGCGCUGGCCAUCGAAAGAGGCUGCUGAGGGUUUGA